CCCACUCCUCCGUCGUCCGUCGUCCGCCCCCAAACCCCGUUCGCCCGUGGUCCUCCACCGACCGCGGGAGGGAAGGGAGGCCGGCCGCGUCCCUCCUUUUUUUAGGGUUUGGCGCCUCACUCCCCCUCGUCCUCUGCCUCCCCCGCGUCCGUUCGCUCAAUAAUAGGGUUAGGGUUGCGGCGAGCUCCCCUUCUCGCCGGCGGCGGCGGAGAUGGGUGUCCCGGCGUUCUACCGCUGGCUGGCGGAGAAGUACCCCAUGGUGGUGGUGGACGUGGUGGAGGAGGAGCCCGUCGAGAUCGAGGGCGUCCAGGUGCCCGUCGACACCUCCAGGCCCAACCCCAACUGCCUCGAGUACGACAACCUCUACCUCGACAUGAACGGGAUUAUUCACCCCUGCUUCCACCCCGAGGACAGGGGAUUAAAGUUCUAGCGAUAUAGAUAGAAAUGUUGCUCAAGAUGCUCGAAGGAAUUCAUAACAAUCAAGUUCACAAGGAUUCAACUCCAGCAGAUACUGUGAUUGUUGUUUGGAAUGGCGAAACCAGAAUCAUUAUUAGUGUGUUAUUCAGCUCGCCAAAGUGCAGGAUUCUCGCGCUAUUAGCAUUACAAUUACAAUGGACAGGAGGUUGGUUCGAGCGUCAAUGCCUGCCCUUUGAUCCCGCUGCCGCCCCUGGGUCAGCGAGUGGCAAGCUACAUGAGGAUAAAUUACUGGAACUGCUGGGAUUUGGAGUAGAUCUGCAUCUUCUUGUAGAGGAUCAUUGUCUUUUCCGGGUGCUUGUACAAUUUAGGCAAACAAUAUUCCUCCUGGGCAUUGGGCUGCGAGUAGGCUGUGAAGAGACACAUGGGAUAGAAGCCACAAGCAAAUGGAAGACAGUAUGA